GAUACGGAGCAUGAGUUCGAUGGAAGUGAUGUUCAUCUGUGUGCCUUAAAGCCUUAUUAUAUACGGCUCUGAUUCUGAAAGUUUGUCAUCCCCCAUCAGAAAUGGCAGAGAGUGACUUAAAAGACAAUGAAGAAAACAACUCUGGAGAAUCAGAUGAUCGCGGGUCAAUUUUGCAUGUUGUUGUGGUCGGUUUUCAUCACAAGCGAGGAUGCCAGGUUGAUUUUUCCUACCCUCCUCUAGUAGAGGGCAGUGCUGAAGAGAGCCAUGAGGUACCAAGUGAAUGGAAGCAUCUCCCUUUCCUUGCCCUACCGGACGGAGCUCAUAAUUUUGAAGAAGACACCAUAUUUUUUCAUCUGCCUGGCAGAGGGGAGUGUAAGUCUACGAUCUAUGGAGUAUCGUGCUACAGGCAAAUCAAGGCUCAGGAUCUUCUCUCGAAGACGGCUGAUAUGACUCGAGGAACUGUCCAGAAGUGUGUCUGUGUCCUCAGCAAGUUGCCAUUAUAUGGAUUGAUCCAGGCCAAGUUAGAGCUCAUCACUCAUGCAUACUUCUGUGAGCGGGAUUUCUCCAAGACAAAAAUACUUCAGGAGUUCUAUGAGAAUCUCAACAACUGUAUACCGCGGACGAUACCUGACGAUUCUCAAGUGUUUCUUGGUCUGUCCUUGAGGGACUUGGUCACAACCUUCAAACACAAGAUCUUGGUAUUGUUCAAGUUGAUGAUGCUUGAGAGAAGGAUCCUCUUCUACACAUCUCCCGUUCAUAAACUCUGCAAUGCACUUCUUGCUAUCGUCUCAUUGUUCCCAGGUAUGAUUGAACGAGGUCUCGAAAAGUCAGCCUGUCCCAAGCACUACAACCCGCGCAUCUCAUCCAUUGAGCUCACAGAUUAUGGUAUCAACACGGACGAGUAUCUGGAUGUGAAGAUGUCGCAUGUGCCCAAUUACAGUCACCAGAAGAGCCAAGAGAGCAGUUCGGAAAAGAGCAGCGAUAGCGGUGAGAAGUGCUUGAGGAUACCUCUGGGAGACCCUAACGCGAACUCGAUGGAGGACGAAGGUGUAGGCACAACAAAGUCUGAAGGAAAAAUGAAUGACAACCUCUCAAGGACAAAUUCAUUUGAUAAGGAAAACAUUCCUGUGAUUCGACGGGACAGUGAAAGCAGGAAAGCCAGUCGGUCGCCUUCUCAGGGGUCAAGGGGUGGUGAUGAAUCAAAGGAGAAGGUUAAAGAUGAUGUCUCACCUGAAGAAGAGCUCCUAGAUAUGAUUGACCAGGAGCUCUAUGGAGACUUCUUUGAGAACUCUAAAGGCAACAGCGAGGGCAGGUCAGAUUUGAACUCGGAGGAAAGGGACAAAGUCAGCGACUCUUUGGAAUCCAGGAAAGAGAGCAAUGCCUCCGACGAAACCAAAGAAGACGGUGAACUGCGGACGCAGAACCGGCUUCACCAGCACUCGGCUAGUAUUCAAUCUGGUGACAGUGGCAUUGGUAGCUGCCAAAGGUCAUCAACGGUCAGCAGUGGUCAAUCACAGGCAUUUGAAGAGGGUGUAGGGGAGAUGAAGAUGGAGAGAUUAAGCGGAGCUGAAGAUUAUGUAGUUCUUCCAAAUAUGCCACAGCAAGAGCCUAUGGAGCUGGAUGGCUUUGGCUUUCCACUUGCCAUAUUUGGAAAGGGUUCCUUGUGCCAUCCAUACAUGUCUCUUCAGCAGCAUGACAUGCUACAAGAUGUCAAUGUCAGGUCAUUCGUCAUCGGAGCAACAAACGCUCUCUUCAAACACCAUAAGCAUCUCAUGGACGUCAUUGUGGAGGUUGAGGAAGGUAAAGUGACUAUCCUAGACAAUGAAUUGAAGAAGCAGGUCUCUCUAAGCACAGCUGAUCUGAGGUUUGCAGACUUCUUGAUCAAGAAUGUAACUGACUGCCGCGAUGUAUAUCUAGAUGGCACAGGAUGGGAAGGAAGUGAUGAAUGGAUAAGAGCUCAGUUCAAACUCUACCUACUCUCUCUUGUAUCAACAUGUACAAGUAUUGGAACCUAUUCAGUGAAUGAAAUAGUAGACUUCAAUGAGAGUUUUGUGCAAGCUUGGAAAACAACUCAUAACUUCCGAAUGUGGAACAGUAAGGUUCAUCCGGGCAUCGAUCAAAUACAUACUGGGCAUCCCUUCCAUGGUCACCUCAGUGUCAGCGAUAUGAAGAUUAGAUUAUCAAGCGUGAUGCAGACGACCGACCGAGGGAAGAGACUGAACAGCGCCCUCAACCGGACAGGCACGGCUGUCAUGCAGACCGGGAAGGUCGUCGGAGAGGCGCUGACCACGGCCAAGUCAGCCGUGUCUUCGUGGCUGUACGGGCUUGCCAGCGAAUGGAAGGAGGAAGGGGAAGACGAUACGAAUGCCGAGGUGAAAUGAGGAACUACCACUAGUUCAAUGCCCUGUCUUCAAUUAUUAAUAAUAAUAAUAAUUGACUUUUAUAUAAUGUACAU